AUGACACUCUCCAGCGCCCUGCUGGACUGCUGCACCGCGAACCCAAGCGACGAACCGUGCGCCAUGCCUUCUUUCCUACCAACCAAGUACAGCGAGAUCAAGCGCCUGAUCAUGGGCCUGACCAUGGGUCCCGACAGGUUCCAGAAGACCCCGUGUAGAUACUGCUUCGUCGAAUAUUACACACAUCAGGAUGCACCCGACUGUAUGAAGUGCAUCGGAGGCAUGAAGCUCGACGAGCGGAUAUUUCGAUGCGAUCUGGACGAGGGCUUCGCCGAGGGCAGACAGUACGGGUAUAUGACCUAUCUCUCAUACAUCUCUGCGCUCCUGCCUUCGUCGUUUAUGCACUUCGACCGCGCUGAUGCUUCAGAGUACUAUGUACUGAGCUUGCCCUAA